AACAGCUGUCUGCGAGGAGUCUUCAUCUCAGUGCUACAAUAUUUCUAAGCUCAUACUGCGCCUCCCCACAUCAACAGUAUCCUCCACGCACAUUGCGACCACCAUGAGUUUGAGAUCAAAGCAUGGCAGCAUCCAGAAGGGUCGAUACUCCGGAUACUCAGGGGGCUUCAGCAGCAUGUCUCUGGGGUCCAACUCUGGCCCCAGAGCCAGCAGCUUCUCCUCCCCCGGAGGCGCCCCUAUCAAAGCUGUGUCCGUCAACCUCAAUCUGCUCACCCGACUCAACGUGGCCAUAGACCCCGAAAUCCAAGUCAUCCGCACCCAUGAGAAGAACGAGAUCAAGGGCCUCAAUAAUCGCUUUGCGUCCUUAAUUGAUAAGGUCAGAUUCCUAGAGCAACAGAACAAGAUGCUAGAGACCAAGUGGAAACUGCUGAGUGAACAGUCCGAUGAAGAGUCUAAACUAGAGCCGAUGCUGAAGGGCUACAUUGCCAACCUGCAGAGACAGUUGGACACGAUCGGCAACGACAAGGAAAGGCUGUGCCAGGAGAACGAUGUUAUGCACAAAUAUGUGGAUGACUACAAGAACCAAUACGAGGAGGAGAUCAACAAGAGGAACGGUGCAGAGAAUGAUUUUGUCAUGAUUAAAAAGGAUGUGGAUGCUGGCUAUUUGACCAGGGUGGAUCUGGAGGAUAGGUUGGCUGGCAUGACUGACGAAAACCACUUUCUCAUUGCCUUCUAUGAAACGGAGCUGGAGGAGCUGCGGGAGAGCAUGAAGGACACCUCGGUGGUGUUGCAGAUGGACAACGCCCGCGGUCUGGACAUGAGUCAGAUCGUGGCCGAGGUCAAGGCCCAGUACGAGCAGAUCGCCGCCCGCGGCCGCGCCGAGGCCGAGGUGGCGUACAAAACCAAGUUUGACCAGAUGGCUAUCCAGGCAGACCAGUACAGCCACGAGCUACGUCAGACUAAGUCGGAGAUCGCUGAUCUCACCCGUCUGAUCGGCCGCGUGCAGAGUGAGAUCCAGUCGGCCAAGGGGCAGGAAUCCUCGCUUGAGAAACAAGUGUCGGAGGCAGAGGACAAAGGGCAGACGGCCACGAGGGACGCCGACGGCCGCAUCAGGGACCUGGAGGUGGCCGUGCAGAGAGCUAAGCAGGACAUGGCCCGCCAGCUCCGGGAGUACCAGGAGCUGAUGAACAUCAAGCUAGCCCUGGACAUCGAGAUCUCCACCUACAGUAAACUGCUGGAGGGUGAAGAGGACAGGAUUGGUCAACAGGCUGUGGUCAGCAUUCAGACUUUGGCCUACAAACGCGUCAAGGAGAUGAACGAGAUCAGCAAGCAAGACAGGUCCCCCCCCAUUGUCUAUAAGGUAGUGGAGACCCAAGACAACAUCACAUCAUAUGAUUAAACCGAGGUCUUCAAUCUAGUUGCAUAUUUAUGCUGGUCUCUCCCUGGUUCUUAUUUGUGAAUUCUAUUCAAUUACUAUGUUUUGUUAGCAGAUUUAUUUCGAUUUGUGACCAACAGAAACCUGACCAAUGAGCCAAACAUAAAGGUCUACUGGAGGAUUUUGAAGCUGCA